AUGCCGCUGCCUCCCGUCUUGCGCUCACUUCUUCGAACGACACCCACGGUCGCGCCUGUACCACAUAGGGCGGUUCUCUCAAUCACUGGCUCCCAAGCUGCAGAGUUUCUGAAUGGCUUGACGGCCGCGUCCCUUCCGCGACACCCACACAGUCAUUUCUACUCUGCCUUCCUUCAUGCCCAGGGGAGAGUUCUGCAUGACAUCUUCAUCUACGCGCACACCACGCCCACCGGCCGCACGGGAUAUCUAGUCGAGUACGAUGGUCGUCCAUCCGAGGCGCCUCCAAUCCUCCCCGUACUCAAGCGUCAUGUUCUUCGCUCGAAAGUCAAGCUGCGGGAUGUCUCGGAAGAGUAUGACGUAUGGUCCGCCUGGGGCUCCGAGACGGAGAAGAGCUGGGAGACCGCUCGGCAAUGGGAGUUCGCGCGCAGCGGCGUGAUAGAGCCAGCAUGGAGCCAAGACGGGGAGUGGCCAUGGGGGUCCGCACCGGGGGUCUUGCGCGAUAGGAGAGCGGUGGGAAUGGGGCACCGGUUGCUGGUGCGGAAGGGCGAACGUCCGCAGGAAGCAUCGACGCACGACGUGGCCCUGACGGACGACUACCUUCUGCAUCGCAUCUUGCACGGUGUUCCUGAAGGCGUGGACGAUAUCCCGCCCGCGCACGCCUUCCCUAUGGACUCCAAUCUGGACAUAAUGGGUGGACUUGACUUCCGCAAGGGCUGCUAUGUUGGCCAGGAGCUCACAGUUCGAACAUACCACACAGGACAGCUCCGCAAGCGCAUUCUGCCGGUCGCGCUUCACAAACCGGACAUAACGUUGACUGAGUUGGAUAGGUUGCCCGACGAGUCCCCUAGCGUGGAACCUCAGCUGGAAAUUCGCCCCCACGCUGUACAGAGUGGUGACGAUAGUACACCUCGACCACGGCCGCGAGGAACGGGGAAGUUGCUCAGUUCGACGCGUGGGGUCGGUCUUGCACUCCUCCGCCUCGAGCAGGUAGAGGCGGUCGAGCAAGGGCGGGCGCGGUUUUCUCUGACCAACGGCGCGGGACAGGAAUGGGGCGUCACCCCAUACUGGCCGGAUUGGUGGCCUCAGCCGCCCACGGAAUCCGAGCAAAGCGAGGACGUACAGGAGUGAAGUUCUCUAGCAGCAGUAAUGUAUUGUAUGUUCUUACCAGCCUUUUGGUGGUUAAUAUAUCGCAUCCCAUUCAUCGAAUAAGCACGCCUUGGAAGAACACGUUCAAAGAUGGCGCGGAUUAUGGUGCCUCAAUGAGGACUGUUGCAAAUACAUAUUCGCCGUCGUGGCUCACAGAGGUAUGGAUCGUCCACAGACGCGCAGCAAGGUCGUGCGUAUGGUACUCCAGCAUGGGCUUUCGAAGGCCGUCGGCGGAAAGCGAGUAGAAGGUGAAGUC